CUUGGAAAUCAAACCACCUCGCGAAAACGGUGUCAUAACGUUACAUACUCAGUUGGCUUUGGACCAAUAUGUUCUAAUCACCUCCAAAUUUUGUACAAUUGGUGCAAAACUGACGCUUAGCAUCCUGAAACAGUUUGCAGUUGUUGGUCUGUGAUUACUUGAGUGUCAUCUUACUUCUCCUGAAGAUGCUAAAAUUAAGAUACGAUCCCGUCCACGGGUACGACUAUUCAUACGAAAAUACCUAUAUCCCGGACUACAGAAUCCAUCGAGCGUAUGAUUACUAUUUUGAUUGGCCAUGGAGAUAUCGCGUGUGGCUACCAAACAGACCUUACAGGCGAUUUUUGCAUAAGGAGCUUCGCGGAAUGUAUACCCUGCAAUAUGAUCUCCAAACACCAUAUAUACCACCUUACAAAAACAUUAUAGAUUACGAGCAUGUCCCACAUACCAAAUACCACUCAAUUUAUGUUCCAAAUUAUGACACUUACAGGCCGUUAGAUAAAUAUGACAAAUGGCCAGCGUGGUACCAAGCGUAUACUCAUAUGCCAGAGUUUAGGUAUUAUUUAAAUAACACGCUUAUGAGAGAUGUUGGAAGAUGCUUGGCAAGCAAUACGAACCAACACACUAUCGACACCAUUUGUGGCCAUCUUCACAAUACGUUCCCAUCGAUAUUCCUGAAUAUAGAAUAAGUAAACCACUUGACUAUUAUGGUAAAUGGCCCGAUUACUAUCCGAUUUUAUUACCAAUACCUCAGUUUAGAACUUAUUUAAAUAAUUUGCUGCUCAGAGAUUUAAGGCUACGGCAGUAUCAAUUCACUCACACCUAUUGGUAAUUACAACUCGAAAUUAACGAAAUAUAAUGAUUAACUUAUUUUAAGUGGUUUAACGUAAUAACAUGUGAUAUUAAAUGUAAAUGUAACAAUAAAAAUAUAAAAAAUAAAUGUCUAUAAAGUAA